UGCUAGAAGCACUUGUCCAUCCUCUUGAAGACAUGAAUUGAAGUAUCACAGUAGCACGAUGUAAGAUAGCUACAGUGUUGAAUCUCUAUCCUGUGAAUGGGGAAAUUGAGUUAUGGAGCACAUAGAAAGCCUAAUAUAUAACAUAAUAUUGCCAAUUAUAGUCAUAAAGUAUCAUGAAUUGUAAGUGGUAGAGAUGUCAGUGAUGCUAAAAUGUGAAAUAAAGAGCAAGAUAGGCACAGCGGCACUGGCCUGCAAUCCUACCUACUGGAUAAUAAUAAUAUAUAACUAGUUUAUAACAGCAAUUAGAGUAGGAUUUAAAUCCAAGCUGAGUUAAAUCUAUUGGGUGUUCUGUUAUGCAGACGGGCUACUCUGAGGAAGGAUGAAACUUGUGCUAAAGCACUUACCUGAAAUGGGACGGCCAUGCACUGUAUCCCUAGCAUAUCAAAUGAACACUUGAGUAGAAAAAUAAGUACAUAAUAAAAUCCCAGUUACUUCUCUUACAUUAGAAGGAAAUGAAGUUUGCUAUCUAGUAUUUAGAGUUGAAUGUGCCUUCUAUGAUAAUCUGUAAUUUCCUAAAAUGUCCUCUCAAUUUGUAGGACGUCACUCCAUUACAUGUGUGCCCACAACCACCCAGACGUCGUAAAACUGCUGUUAAGCAAAAAGGCCUUAAUAGAUGUCCGGGAUGAUGAAGGCUGCACACCCGUGAUUAAGGCCACACAGAGGGACAACAUGGAGUGUAUGUCCAUAUUACUCUUUGAGGGUGCAGAUCCCCACCUGCGUGAUUCCAAUGGGAACACAGCCCUGCACCACGCUGUUUCAAGGGGCAACAAGUCAACUGUAAGAAAACUUUUGGAUUACAAGUCGGACAUAGAAGCAAAAACUGAGUAUGGCUUGACACCAUUGAAACUUGCAUUAUUUGAACAACAAGAGGAAAUGGCACAAUUCUUAAUACUGAAUGGAGCAAAUGAACCUUUGGAGCUUCAGUCAUAUAGUGAACACGCAUCUUCAGAGAGGGCAAAACACAAUAAGAAAAAGCACGUCACGUUCAAUCAAGAAAUACAUUAUAGUACUGACCCAGGGCCUCUCUGCAGUGGAGAAAGACCAUCACAACCGUUAAAAUCAAUACUGAAGACAUCUGUUCCAAUCCAUUCAGUUACUGGAAGAGUUAAAGAAAGACAUCCACUGUGGCUCCCUGUAAAACCUGAUCCUCUCACACCUGUCCCAGAGGAUAAUGGAACUCCAUCUCUUCCUAUGGUAAAGUGAUCCUUUGUGAAAUUCAUUUUCUUAUGAAUGUUGUCAAAAUGCAGUAGUAGUCUACCUCCCUCAGUUUUGUAUGAAAAUUUGGCCAGAGAAAAAUAUUUUGUUGGUGUGAACCAUCACUUGAUAACUUGUAAGUGAGCAAUAAGUCCUUGUAGGUAGUGGUGACCCAAUAAAGGAAUGGACUGGAAAGACAGUGAUAAGAAGACAAAGGUCAGUCCUCACGGAUUGAUUAGAUGUUUCAUGUUUGACCAAGGAUGUUGUGCAGAAAUAAAUACACCUUAG